AUGCCCUUAGUUCAUUCUAUUCAGUUUCUGCCUCUGGUUCUAGUUCUACCUCUUGUUUUGGUUCUGGUUCUACCUCUUGUUUUGGUCCCUUCUUGUUCUUGUUCUAUCUCUGCUUUUGAUUGUGAUUUUCGUUAUGUCUAUGGUUCUUGUUCUGCCUCUACUUUUGGUUAUAGUUAUGCCUCAGGUUCUGGUUCUAUCUUUGUUUCUGUGCCACUUGUUCUUGUUCACUCUAGAUCUCGUUCUACCUCUAGUUCUUGUUCAUCCUUUGGUUCUAAUUCCCUCAGAUCCGGUUCUACAUAUGGUUCAGAAUAUGCCUCUGGUUCUGAUUCUAGUUCUGCCCCUGGUUCUGGUUAUGGCUCUAGUUCUGCCCCUGGUUCUGGUUAUGUACUGCCUAUGGUUCUUGUCCAUUAUAGUUCUGGUUCUACCUCUAGUUCUUGUUAUGCAUCUGCUGUUCUAAUUUUCUUCGGUUCUGGUUUUGCUUUUGGUUCUGGUUAUGCUUCUAGUUCAGGUCCUGCCUCUGGUUUUGUUCUGGUUCUCUUUGGUUCUUGUUUUUGUUCUGGUUAUGCAUGUAGUUCUUGUUCUGCCUCUAAUUCUGAUUCAGCCUCAGUUCUGGUUCUACCUCUGGUUCUUUUUCCACCUUUGGUUCUAAUUCCCACAAGUUCUGGUUCUACUUUUGGUUCUAUUUAUGCAUAUACUUCAUGUUCUGCAUUUGGUUCGGUUCAAGUUCUUGUUCUGGUUCCCUCUAGAUCUGGUUCUACAUAUGGUUCAGAAUAUGCCUCUGGUUCUGAUUCUAGUUCUGCCCCUGGUUCUGGUUAUGGCUCUAGUUCUGCCCCUGGUUCUAGUUAUGUCUCUAGUUCUUGUUCUGCGUCAAGUUUUGGUUAUGCCUCUGAUUAUGGUACUGCCUAUGUUCAGGUCCUGCCUCUGGUUUUGGUUCCUACCUCUGAUUCUGGUUCUCAUUCGGCCUCAAGUUCUUCCUCUGGUUCUACCUUUGGUUUCUUGUUCAGUUCUUGUUCUGCCUCUAAUUCUGAUUCAGCCUCAGGUUACUCUAGUUCUGGUUAUACCUCUUGUUCUAGUUCCCUCUAUUCUGGUUCUACCUCUGGUUCUUUUUCCACCUUUGGUUCUAAUUCCCACAAGUUCUGUUAUGAUUUUGCCUCUGGUUCUGGUUCUGCCUCUAGUUCUACCUCUGGUUCUGAUUUUGGUUCCCUCUGGUUUCUGGUUCUAGCUUUGGUUCUACCUCUUGUUUUGGUUCUGCCUCUGGCUUUUGGUUCCCUCUAG